AUGACUGGUGAGAACUGCACCAGGGUGACCCACUUCAUCCUCUUGGGCCUCACAGAGCAUCCCCGCCUGAAGCCCAUCCUUUUUGCCCUCUUCCUGGGCAGCUACGUGCUGACUCUGGUGGGAAACCUCAGCAUCGUUGUGCUGGUCAGGGUCAGUCCUCAGCUCCGCACCCCCAUGUACUUUUUCCUCAGUAACUUGUCCUUCUUGGACAUUUGCUAUUCCUGUGCCAUCAGCCCCAAAAUGCUGCUGGAUCUUUCACAAAAACACACGGCCAUUUCUUUCCCUGGCUGCAUCCUGCAGUUUCACUUCUAUGCUGUUUUUGUCACGGCUGAGGUUUACCUUCUGGCUGCCAUGGCCUAUGACCGCUACGUGGCCAUCUGCAACCCCCUGCUCUACGGGGUCAUCAUGUCCCCUGGGCUCUGUAGGUGCCUGGUCGCUGGGUCCUACCUUGCCGGACUGUUGAAUGCCCUGGCCCACACCAGCGCCUUGCUCCGACUCUCUUUCUGUGGCCCUCAGGUCAUCAAUAACUUCUUCUGCGAUGGGCCCCCGUUGUUCGUUCUCUCCUCCACUGACACGUGGGUCAAUGAGGUUGUGAUGUUUCUGUUUGUGGGCUUCAACUGGACCGCCACCAACCUGCUCAUCAUCGUCUCCUACGCGCGCGUCGCGGCGACCAUCGUGAGGAUGCCCUCCGCUGAAGGCCGGCGCAAAGCCUGCUCCACCUGCGCCUCCCACCUGGCAUCCGUCACCGUUUUCUACCUAUCUGCUGCUUUCAAUUACAUGCAACCCAGUUCAAUGAACUCAAUGGAAAAUAAGAAAAUUGCAUCCAUCUUUUAUAGUAUUAUAGUCCCCAUGCUGAAUCCCUUGAUUUACAGUCUGAGGAACAAGGAGGUGAAGCAUGCCAUAAUCAAUAUUAUCAAUACUAUCAGUAGGAAAAUGUGCUUUUGA